GGGCGUGACUAGCAAGAGGCCAGAGUGUGUGAGGGUCGAAAUUUCCGCGGUGAGGGACAGGAGGCUUUUCGCUAGCCCUCCAGCGAGCGCGGGGCAUCAAAAGGGCGACAGCAAAUCCGCCGGCCUUGGCGAGCGUCUUUCGUUUCCACUUCCCGCCUCACACCCCCAACACCAUAUCGCAACCCGACUCCAGUCCCUCCCACUUCCACGCCCGCCUUCCUUCGCACAACACUCCCCGACUUCUACCUUUCCGUCUUCCAAAAUGGCUACUGAGCGCGAAAGCAAGACCUUCCUCGCCCGUCUGUGCGAGCAGGCUGAGCGUUACGAUGAGAUGGUUACCUACAUGAAGGAGGUUGCCAAGAUCGGUGGUGAGCUCACCGUCGACGAGCGCAACCUGCUUUCCGUCGCCUACAAGAACGUUGUCGGUACCCGCCGUGCGUCGUGGCGCAUAAUCUCCUCGAUUGAGCAGAAGGAGGAGUCUAAGGGCUCCGACAAGCACGUCGGCACCAUCCGCGACUACCGCCAGAAGAUCGAGACCGAGCUCGAGAAGGUCUGCCAGGAUGUCCUCGACGUCCUUGACGACUCCCUUAUCCCCAAGGCCGAGUCUGGCGAGUCCAAGGUCUUCUACCAUAAGAUGAAGGGUGACUACCACCGUUACCUUGCCGAGUUCGCCGCUGGUGAGAAGCGCAAGGGCGCCGCUACCGCUGCGCACGAGGCCUACAAGACCGCUACCGACGUCGCUCAGACCGAGCUGACCCCUACCCACCCCAUCCGCCUUGGUCUCGCCCUGAACUUCUCCGUCUUCUACUACGAGAUCCUGAACUCGCCCGACCGCGCCUGCCACCUCGCCAAGCAGGCCUUUGACGAUGCCAUUGCCGAGCUCGACUCCCUGUCCGAGGAGUCUUACCGCGACAGCACUCUGAUCAUGCAGCUUCUCCGCGACAACCUGACCCUCUGGACCUCUUCGGACGGCAACGAGCCCGAGGCUGGCUCCGAGGCCCCCAAGGCCGAGGACAAGCCCGCUGAGGCCAAGCCCGAGGCGCCUGCCGGCGAGGCCGCGGCCAGCGAGGAGCCUGCCGCCGCGCCUGCUUCUUAAAUGGUGUGAUGUGUUAGCGACGAACCAGGCGUCUGUUUAUACAGACUGCCGCAGCCAAUCUCCACGGCGAAUCCGGUAAGACCACGUCUUUUGCGACGGAUCUUGGAGCAAUCGGUUUAGGGGCAGCGGGGGGUGGUGGCGUACAGUUAUCUGA